AUGGGAAGAGCAAGGAACAUUUUAAGCUUCGGCUUAAUUCUGCUGCAUACCAUUUAUGUACAUCUGACCGCGGCCGAUCUGCCGACACAUGUAGAGAUUAGGAACCUGGUGGGGAAAUGGAAAAUUCAGAGGACACAGACGUCUCCAAAGAUAACCACCUGUGGAUCCAGCCAACCAAACAAUAACGUUUUUAAUGUAAAAAUUACAGACUAUAAGAAGUAUCUUCUAGACAACCACUACAAGUUUACCUCCGAUUUGUAUGUCAUUUUGUCUGACGAUUUUGUGCCAUAUGGAGACAUGCACGACACGACUGGCAAUGAACAUCGAAAGAAGUGGAAGGUACUAGUUGUGUACGAUGAGCAUAAGAGGAAGAUAGGCACAUGGACUACUAUCUGUGAUGAGGGGUUUGAAAUUAGGUUAGGAAAUGAAACGUACACCGCGUUCAUGCAUUAUGAGCCCACUGGCAAGUGUGGAGAAGCCAAGGAGGAUGACCAGACCGAUUCCAAUGGAGAGACGGAGUGCUACGUCACGGAUUAUAACAAGAUAAGAUUCGGCUGGGUGGACAUAUCCAAAUCGAAGGAUGAAAAACUGUAUGGCUGCUUCUACGCAGAGAGGUACCGCGUAUCCGAGGAGCCUUCCAAUGGAGUCCAGUCACCCCACAACUUCGCCACAGAGACGACGAUCAACAGUGUCCUCAAUGUACAUAACUUUUUGUACCCCUCACUCUCCGCCGCUACCUCGAGUAUGAACGAUAAGCCCCUUUUCACCAAGAGGAAGAAUAUGCACAUUGAUCAGAACAGCGAAUUGUACUGGCAUAAGAUGAAGCACCACGGGAAGAAGAAGCCCCUAACCAGAAUGAUGCUCAUGAAUGCAAAGCAGAGGUAUGCCUGCCCCUGCAACAAGGACGAGCAUGUACAGGACGAAGUGAACAACGGGGAUAAUCCGGAACAGCCCGUUUCGCCUGUGUCGCUUAUGCAGCUGGGAAGUAAAACCAGGGAAGACGGAACGAAUGAGAUGGACCUGGAAAACUACGAAGACACGGAGAAGUCCCCCCACGGGGAACUCGAAAUAGACGACCUGCCAAAGAACUUCACCUGGGGAGACCCAUUUAAUAAAAACACCAGAGAGUACGACGUGACGAACCAGUUGCUAUGUGGCUCGUGUUACAUCGCUUCCGAGAUGUAUGUCUUUAAGAGGAGAAUCGAAAUUGGCCUCACCAAGAAUCUCGACAAAAAGUACCUGAACAAUUUCGACGACCUCUUGUCAAUACAGACGGUCCUUUCAUGUUCUUUCUAUGACCAAGGAUGCAAUGGAGGAUAUCCUUACCUGGUGUCCAAGAUGGCCAAGCAGCAGGGUAUCCCCCUGGAUAAAGUGUUUCCCUACACGGCCACGCAGGAAACUUGUCCAUAUCAUAUAGACCAAGGUUUUGUAACCCCCGCACCGGGUAGUGACCCCUCCAACAGACCUACGAACAACUUGAGACAAAUAAACGGAGUCAUAUUUGGGAGACGAACAACGAACGAUAUGAAUGAGCAUUUUGAAAACCCCAUCAAUGAUGACCCAGACAAAUGGUACGCAAAGGAUUAUAACUACAUCGGAGGAUGUUACGGAUGCAAUCAAUGCAAUGGAGAAAAAAUCAUGAUGAACGAGAUUUAUCGAAAUGGUCCCAUCGUUGCUUCCUUCGAAGCGACGCCCGAUUUUUAUGACUAUGCUGAUGGGGUUUAUUACGUUAAGGACUUCCCCCACGCAAAGAGGUGUACCGUGGACGAUACAAAGCUUAACUUCGUUUACAACGUCACGGGAUGGGAGAAGGUGAAUCACGCCAUUGUGCUAGUCGGAUGGGGAGAGGAAGAAAUCGAGGGCAAUCUGUACAAGUAUUGGAUUGGCCGAAACAGUUGGGGCAAGACUUGGGGCAAGGAGGGCUACUUUAAGAUAAUCCGAGGCGUGAACUUCAGCGGCAUCGAGAGUCAGUCCCUCUUCAUCGAGCCCGACUUUACGCGUGGCGCGGGGAAGAUCCUUCUGGAGAAGCUCAAAAAUGAGUGA